AUAAUUUUUUUUCAUUCUUGUUUGCGUCACAAAAAUGGAUAGAAGUUCGAAUAAAAAGUGUAUUAUUUAUUGAUAAUUCGUAAAAAUUGUGAAUUUUUAGUAUAGUUGCAAAUUACAACGAUUAUUUGAAAUUCCUUACCGUUUAAUUGUGAUAAAAAUAUUAAUUCUGUGUGUUGAAAAUUGUGGUACAAUUCAUUCGCUACGGGUGUAUUUCUCCAAGUUUUACAUUUCAUAGAAAUCAAACAAUGGAUGAAGAAUUAUCAGUAGACAGUUUAUAUAUACAAAGGCUGUUAUGGCAGCAGAAAAACUGCCCUCAAUACGUAGUAUUGCCCUCGUCGACGAAAGACGCUCUCGCCUCAGCAACUGCAGGCCAAGACGGUGGCGACGUUAAAAUGGAAUCCGAAGACUGUUAUUCGAAAAGCUUCCCCGUCGGUGGUGGUAGCGAAUACUAUUACGAAGAUUUGGAAAACAACAACGGCCGUUACACCGUCAAAGAACCCGAAUUCAAAUUCCACGAUAAAAACGCGGCGGCUGGCAAAGAAAACGAUAUGUUCACCUUGCUCGGUAACGAGAACAAAUUCUCGCCGAAAUCGGAAAACGUCGCAGAUCGAUUCAUACCAAAACGUGAUUUUGAAAAUUGGCAAACUCGGUUUAGCAUGAUAAACGAAAGCAAUAUACCGGGUACGAGUAGCAAGAAAAAGGAAAGCGUAUCGGGCGACGGAAACAGAGACGCUUUAGCUUACAACUAUCUGCUGCAAAACGAGCUUUUGGGCGCUUCGUUCGACGGAAUUGCGAAAAACCAUUGCGACGAGCGUAAAAACGACGGACUACAGACGCAGAAAAAUUUAUUCCAUUAUCGCCGUAAGACGGAUUUCUUAGAGAAUAUCGAAUCAACGUCGCCGUACUCGUUAUCUCCGGUUAGUCCUAAAAGCCAGAAGUUACUAAGAUCGCCGAGAAAAGCGACCAGGAAAAUAUCUCGUAUACCUUUCAAAGUCCUAGACGCACCCGAAUUACAAGACGAUUUCUACCUGAAUCUAGUCGACUGGUCAUCGCAAAACGUACUCGCAGUUGGGUUAGGUAACUCGGUGUAUUUAUGGUCCGCAUGCACCAGCCAAGUUACUAGAUUAUGCGAUUUCCUCAACGAUAACAAUACCGUAACAUCGGUCGCAUGGAACGAUCGAGGCAACUACGUAGCCGUCGGAACGCAUCACGGAUACGUUCAAAUAUGGGACGUAGCAGUAUCGAAGCUAGUCUGUAAACUGACCGGACACAGUGCUCGAGUCGGAGCUUUAGCUUGGAACGGCGAAAGCCUAUCGAGCGGUAGCCGAGACCGAAUGAUCCUACAAAGAGAUAUCCGAUCACCGCCCAAUAGCAGCGAUAAAAAACUAGCCGGACAUCGACAAGAAGUAUGCGGUCUGAAAUGGUCACCAGAUAACCAAUAUCUAGCCUCCGGCGGUAACGAUAACCGACUCUACGUAUGGAAUCUGAGUUCCACUACUCCAAUCCAAACCUACACCGAUCAUCUAGCUGCUGUCAAAGCCAUCGCUUGGUCACCUCAUCAACACGGUUUACUCGCCAGCGGCGGUGGUACAGCUGAUCGUUGUAUCAGAUUUUGGAACACAUUGACCGGUCAAGCGAUGCAGUGCGUCGAUACGGGAUCGCAAGUUUGCAAUUUAGCUUGGUCCAAACACUCGUCCGAAUUAGUCAGCACUCAUGGCUAUUCUCAAAAUCAGAUUUUGGUCUGGAAGUAUCCGACGUUAACCCAAGUAGCCAAAUUAACCGGACAUUCGUAUCGUGUCCUGUAUUUAGCCAUGUCACCCGAUGGCGAAUCGAUCGUUACCGGAGCCGGUGACGAAACGCUACGAUUUUGGAACGUUUUCUCCAAAGCUCGAUCUCAGAAGGAAUGUCGCGGUAAAUUGAAUCUAUUCUCUCAUAUUCGAUAAGUUACUACUAUAUUAAUGUUUUCAGUAAACGAUGCACAUUAUAUUGCAAAGCUUUAAAACUAAACUGAGGGUAAACUCAAAGUUUGUACAUUGGAUUCUAGUUUUUUUCUUUUUUUGUUUUUCUCCCCCCCCCCACCCCUCCUUCUGUCCAUUGUUUAUCAACGUGGCGCUUAUAUUACGAUUUUUUUUCUCUUUCUAUAUACCAAAUUUUUCUCUUGUAGAUUUACUGUUUAUAUUUUUUUGUGUAGAGUAUUUUUUCUUCUUUAUCCCUGUAUCUUUUUGCUCUCGUAUUAUUAUUAUACUUUGUUGUUUUAUUUAACGUGUGUUCGUGUCGAUACGAUAUUUUUUCUCUUCUUUUUUUGUAGUGUGACGUAUUUUUUUUUCUCUCCUCUUUUUUGUUACCCCGAUUUAGUAGUAUAGUAAAUUUUGAUUAUUUUUCUUGUCGCGAUCAACAACGAAGUGAACGAACGAACGAAUUCGCUUAUAAUACGUUAUCGUCAAUUAGCCUGUAAUUCGAACUAGUUUCGAUUUUUUUUUUUGAAAAAGCUAAAAUAUCGACGUAUUGUGGUGUUUUUGUUGCGAAGUAAAUUUUUUAACUACUGUUCGGUUUUUGAACGGUUUUUUUACGAUGAUGAUUGACGACAGGAAAAAAGCAAAACAAAAUUUACUAUUUUUUACUUGGAACUAGGUAUUAUUUUUUUUCCUCCCUGGUGAUACGUUGUACUGUAAAAUAUGUAAAAUAUUUGGAUUUUUAAUUUCUAUGCGUAUUGUAAAUAAUUGCCAUAUUUUUUCCUCCCCCCCCUGUUUUUUAGUAGUGAGCUUUUUUUUCGUCCAUUCGAAGGUGUGGCUUUUACGAGAUAAAAUAUAUAAGUUCUCUUUUUCAUUUUUUCGUUUGCGUAAUACGAGAUCUACCAUCGGUGAUAACGAUUUUUAUGAUUGAAGGUUUUAUUUUUACAAAUUUUUAAAUUCGGUGGACGUUUUCGUAUGUUUUAUUAAUUUUUAAGAGGUGUUUUAAUCGGUUCGUGUUGUACAGAGAUAGUAAUGAUUUUUCAAUCGUGUUUUAACGAAACAUUACGCGUAUGUAAUUUUAUUUUUAAAGGAUGUGUAUUUUUUUUUUAAACUCAUUUUUCUAAUUUCCACCAUAUCGAAUCUGUGUUUUCACUGAUUACGAGAAAUACUACUGAUGCUUUGUUUUUGUUUUUCAUAAAAUAAACUUUUAAAAAAAAUU